AUGAGACCGUGUGGGUCAUUGGUGAAGCAAGAUGGCACUGAAGAACAGUCACAGAUCACCUACCCUAAAGAAGGGCAAAUACAUGUCAUUGAAAAGAAAGCUGGCGACAGAGGUUGCGACAAGUGUGCUUCCAGUCAGAAUUUCUGGGAUAAGAAUGCAACAGAGUGUGCAAGGCUUUACAAGGAGAUUGCAUCAUCUCCCAUUAAAAGACAGGCUGAAGACCUUCUUAAAAACAUCACCGAGAUUUGGCAUUGCCAGUGGCAAAAGCAGGAGGCAGCAAUUGAAGAGUUCAGAUCAGAACUGAAGCAAUGCUGUAACUGUACGUACAACUUUGUGGUCACUCAAAAGAACACGCCGUUGGGGACUGAGCUAACUUAUGAAGUGGAACCCAAAAGGAAGAUAAAAAUUACUCCACAGACUUUCGCACUGUUUCCCCAGAAUAUGUCCUUUAUCAACCUGCAAAACAAACGAUGUGCAGUCGUAGGCAAUGGUGGGAACUUGGUUAACAGCAGUUGUGGGGCUGAAAUCGAUCAGGCCGAUUUUGUUUUCCGGUGCAACCUCCCUCCAGUGGGUGGGAAGUUUACCCAAGAUGUUGGAAUAAAAACUAAUUUGGUGACAGCAAAUCCAAGCAUCAUUGCAAAUAGAUAUGCAGGACUCCUCAAUAGGAGAAAAUCUUUUUAUACUGACACCAUUGUCUACAAUGAAGCCCUUCUCCUCUUUCCUGCUUUUUCCUACGGCCAGAACACGGCUCUCAGUUUCAGGGCUCUUUAUACACUUGAAGAUUUCCAGGCAAAGCAGAAAGUUGUGUUUUUUCACCCCAAGUACAUGCAAGACUUGAGCAGGUUUUGGCUUUCCAAAGGCAUUAAAGUGAAUCGUCUCUCCACUGGCUUAAUGAUUAUAAGCCUUGCAGUGGAACUGUGUGACGAAGUGUUGAUUUAUGGCUUCUGGCCCUUUGCAAAAAAUAUUGAAGGUAAAGCCAUACAACAUCACUACUAUGACAAUGAGUUGCCCAAACGACAUGUCCACUCUAUGCCAACAGAGUUCCAACAUCUUCUACGAAUGCACAGUAAAGGAAUUCUCAAACUUCAGCUGGCUCGGUGCCAGGUGGAGUAAAACACAAUUUUGAGUUAGAAUAAUAUUCUGACUGGGUGAAAUGAGCUAUGAAGAGCUUCACUUCCAACCAGCAAGCUCUUUAGAUCAUCGCUUAAGUUCACUUGUCUCACUGUAACUUGUUUGGAGACAAAACAUAGAUAUAGAUUGGAGCUAGGGGUUAUCCCAUCAUCACUGACAAUUAACCAAUCAAUAAAAUGGGUUUCUUGACCUGAGCCAAAACCUUGCGUUGAAAAUGGGGAUAGCCUAAUAAGGAGCUCAGGAGUUUAAUCAUGGAGAAUGAUCCUGAAGCACAAUAACUGAAGAAAGAGCGAGGAAAGCUCUUGCCUCUUCCUUUUCUACAAACAUCUCCCCUUCU